CUACACAGAGAAGAGGACACAGAGCACUCAGCCGCCGAGGUUCUGCUUGGGUUUUUAUAGCUGGCAAAGUUUAAGAAGUAACUUGUAGAUUACUUAUUAAUUCUUGCGCUCAUCAUAUGGAAUAUAAAGAACAUUUAGAGCCCUUCAGAGGAUACAAUAUAAAAGGUACACUUCCGCUGCAUUUUACAUAGCUCUUGGUAGGAGUGCUUUCUGUGCUGGGAUUAUGGCAUCUGUUCCAUCAGCUGGUUGCCUCUUAGCAAGAAAUCAGUUUUACAGAGCUCGCAUGAAUUCCGAAUCCAGCGACUCUUCCAUCGGUUCAGAUAUGGGACUUCCAAUGGAUAAUGAGAAGCCACAUCAAGGUUUGCCUGAACUGAUAGAGAAAUGUUGGUGGCUUAAAAACUUUUUCCACUGUGAACCAGUCCCAUGUCCUUCAGUUCAGAUAAAUAUGUCUUCUAACAGGAACCACAGCUGACUCAGAGCUUAAAUGCUGCGGACGAUAUGAAUCUUUGCAACGCUGCUAAAAAUUAUCAUUUCCCCAGCCAUCCUUGCUCCCAUGCCACUCCCCGCACGUACUCUACCUAAAUCCAUGUAGUCUGGAGUGAGAAUCAACACAGUUUCAUAAGAGAUCAUUUCAUUUAUCUUUUCUGUAUCACAAGUGUUCUUUUAGGAUCUCCUCAGAAAACUAAAGGUUGUGUUUUUUCAAGGUUUGUAUUUCUUUGUGCAAAAAUAUUAAUGUCUAUCACCAUUUAUUAAAGCUGUGCCAAAUCUAAAAAGUAAAAAUACGCCAUCUUAAAGCUGUUGAGGUCAUCUAAUAUUCACUGGCAGUUGUCCCUUUUGCAUUUGGCUAAUCUUUCUUUGCUUUGUGGUUUUAGAGGUUUUCAGCAUUUUUUGACUCUUGCGUGACAAAGUGAAAAAUGUGCAUUUUUUUUAAUAAAUCACUUGGCAAUCAUGGUUUUAGAGAAAAUUAGUUUAUUUGUGGUCAAAAACCUCUAAACCAACUAAAAUUAGAAUGCUGAUAAAUGGACCUCUGAGUGUGCAGUUAGAUGUACAUUACUGUACAUUAAAGAGAAUUCAAAAGAAUUACUACAUAGAGGCUAAAUGUGCAAUGCAGUAAUAAGUGGCUUUAUUCUGGUUAUGCUGGAAAAUGUUCACUAAUAUCUGAAAUUGUAUUCUUCCAGUAUUCAGUGUUCUAUAUAUUUUAUUAUUCGAAUGAUGGAUAAUAUGAAGCAAAUAGACACAUAUCAGAACAGAAUUGCAGAGAAAGCUCUUUAUAUUGUGAUCUAAAGAGCAAUAGUUUUCUGGCUGCUGGGGUCAGUGACCCCCUUUUAAAUGCUGAAGAGUCAGAAGAUAAAAAACAAAUAAUUAAAAAAAACAAUAAAAAAAAUAAAAAAAAUGGAAACCAACUGAGAAGUUGCUAAUUGGCCAUUCUUUACCAUAUUAAAAGUUACUGAAAGGGCAGGGUACGGUAGCUUUCAUGCACUUCAUUUAUCAGUUAAAAAUAUGGGCUUAUGUUCAAGUUGAUAAAAAAACCACCAUGAAUCAUCAUGAAAAAAAGACCUCUCCCCACUGCUCCGUAUGUGACUGAAGCCGGGGUUAGGUGGGCAGCGGCCGAAAGGGGGCGGCCACAGGGCAUCUAUUACAUGACAUUACUGCAAGACUGAAAAUAAUUAUAGUUUUAGUCCUUAGUACCCACCAUCCCUCUCUAUUGAAUUGUACUCAUAUAAGUUAAUGGUCCGGUAAAUCUGUAACAUUCUGAAUGAUUAAAUAAUAUAGAACACUGGUGAUGCAAUGAGAUCAACAAAAAUAUUAUUCUGUGGACAUUUAACCCAAUUUAUUGGGUUAAUUAUUUGUUCCUGUUAAUAUGUAAACUGUUAAAAUCAAAUACUGUAAAAAAAGAAUUUUGUAUGUUGCUUUUUGUUUCAUUUAAAUUGUUAGGGAAAUGGGACAGAAGGUGUUUUUUGGAUACAAAUAUUUCUGUGAUUAAAAUCCCUGGAAUUGUUGUUCGUCACUUUCCAUUAUUCUGAAAUGGUACUGUGUAGCUAAAAGCAAUGCUGACAAUACUAAGAUGAGAUCAGUCAUGUGUGCUUUGAUGAUCACUGUUUCCCCCAAAAGAAAAGUCAUGAUCAAAACACACCAUGUGCCAUUGCCCUUAUAGUUUGAAUAGCAUGCCAAUGUUGAUAUUUCCAAGUGGAAUAGUGCUGAAUUAAUGUGCUUAUAAAUAAUGUGUGGUUUUCACUGAAAUAUUCAGUUAGAGCAAAUAUCAUGUCACAUAGCAGGCUUGUUUGUUUUUUAAAGGUUUGGCAAAUAUAUCCAUAUUCUUCAUGGAUUACUAUUAUAUUUUCUACUGUUUCUAUAUAAUAAAAUGAUGAAAAUUA